GCCUCUUAUUUGACCCGCAUAUGCCUCUAGAGGAUCAAAGACUUCAGCAAAGGCGGAAUUUACCAAUGUUUGUUCGGCCUAAGACCUUACUUUGGUGCACAGUGGUGUGAUCAUUUCUCGGAUUUAUCAAGAAAAAAGUUGCUCAGAAGGUCUUAACCAUGGCGGAGGGUGGUUUGAAAGGCUCUCGCUCAGCUGAAGGGUUACACGAAAAAGAUAAACCUGGCAAACUAUCAUCUGACCUAUUAAACAAGUUCAAAUCAGAUCCUGCAUUGACUUGCCUACAGCCGUUACCUGUGGGACAUGGCCUGCUUAGUGCACAAUCUUUCACAUCAAGUUCUGAGGAGAUGUCAACCUCACAAGGAAACAUUAAAUUAGCUCAGACAAGUGCCGUAAUCAAAGUCCCUGACAACAGCAGAGACCCUCUCUCACCCAGCAGUGGUGAUGAGGAUAUACUUUCUGAUGAUGAAACAGGCACUACCAAAGAUAAAAAGAAACGGAAAUCCAGGUGGAAGUGGAGUCCUUUGAAAAGGAUGAAAAAAAUAUUCAGAAGAAAGAAAAGCCCCACACGAGUUAAAUCUUGUGAGGAAAUUCCAGCAGAGCAUUACAAACCAACUUUUGGGGUCUCAUCACUGGAGGAUGAUGCCUCAUUAAGGAAUCGUACCAAGUCAGAACCUUCCUUAGCUGAGGCAAAAACUAAGAGUCCACAAGCUGUUGUUGAGUUGCAUGAAAGAAGAAACACUUUUGACAAUCCUGUCCAAACAGAGCAGAGUAAGCCUAUGAAUAGGCCUUCUGGCGAACUAAUAAAAACCUUGGAAACAGAAGGUAAAAGCCAAGAAAGUAUAAGCAAGGUACCUUUCAUGUCUUCAGACAAAAUAGCAAGCCAAGUAGACUCCACUGGUCUGGGUUGGAAGAUAAUAAGUUCUGACAGUGGUACUGAAGCUGCAGUCAGUUUUGAAAAGUUGCCGAGUGCUUCAUCUUUAGAGGGACUUCAAGUUGCACGUGAUAGAAUAAAAGUUGCUCCAAAACACCGUAGACCACCCAGUAGAGCUCUCUCCAACAAGUCAUCCAAGAACAUGAAGGGGAAUCCACUGAAACCACACAGGCAGUCCAAAACUGAUCCACAAGAGUUUUCUUCCAAAUCCAGUACAGUUACAGAGUCCAUUGAAGGAAAGGGAAAUAGUGAAAAUUCCGAUGUUAUCAACGUUACAAUAUCUGAAGAUACAGAAAUAAAGAAUGAGCCAGGGAGGGAUGAAAUUGUGGCUGAGUUAAAAGCAAAUGGAACUGAAAUUCUCAAUAAGGCGUUGCGAUCUUCAACAGUACUUGAAAAGAAGGAAGAGAAUAAUUUGAUCUCCCCUGGUGACGUGUCCAAAGCCGAAGACAUAAUUGAAACGAAGGGUAUACAGGAACAGGAGACCACUGUGGGAAGUAUUGAAGCAUCCAUUAGAAUUGGUGAAGACAAUGAAGAUAAAAGUUUUAAUAGGAAUGAGAAAGAUACUACCAUUCAGAGCAAAGAAAGUGUGAAGACUCAGAAGAAGGUGUCUGAACCAAGAGAAGAAGUUCCCCAAAAAUAUUUCACAAGCAAAGAAACUAGUAGACCUUUUCUAGACCUUAAUAAGGGGUCUAAAUCACUCUAUAACUUUGAGAAAGACAGUGCCAUUCAGAGCAAAGAAAACCAGAAGACUCAAAAAAAAGAAUCAGAUCUAAGAGAAGAAGUUCCCCAAAAAAAUUUUGCUGGCAAAGAAAUCAGUAGACCUUUUCUAGAUCUUAACAUGAGGUCUAAAUCACUCAAGAACUUUAAGAAAACAGAGCAAACAGAGGAGUCACCUGUGAAGUCACCACUGCAAAGAGGAUUCUCAUUAAAUAGCAUUAAACAGAAUGGUGAAAAAUCUGAUCUGAAACUUGAAAAACUAGAGAAAAAUAGAAAACAAGGAAAAAACGUUAUUGAACAAAGUAAAAGUCUUGUGGUUAAGAAUUUAUCACAAAUAAGUCAGGCCUGCAAAGUGCAAUCCUUGGCUUUUGUUCCUGCCUCACCAUCAAAGGCUUUUGAUGCAGACAAAGUACCCCAUGAAAAGGAAAAGGCUUCCAAUCAACCAGCCUGGAUAGCUUUAGCCAACAGAAGAAGUAAAAGAUUGUCACAGUUACUUAAUGACACUCAAGACAAUCAGGUGUCACUGGAAAUGAAAAAAGAGUCUGCCUCUGCUGUGAUCUUACAGCCCAACAACCAAGGCGAUACAUCAGAUCCAUCUGACAAGAAGAAACCAAAAUUACCAACUAAACCAGAGAGGCUAACUAAAAAGACCGCUAGUAACGAUGUAACAAAUGAGACAGAGAAGCGCAAAGCACUAAAUCAAUCACCUUCAGGUGGAAGAGAUUUGCCUCGAGAUAAGUGUGUGGUAUGUGGGAGGACUGUUUUCCAAAUGGAGAAAUGUAACUUUGACAGCAGUGUGCUUCACCGUCAAUGCAUCAAGUGCUCUGUAUGUAAGAGACUUCUAACAAUUGGAAACUUCGUCAUAGCUGAAAGCAAAGUUUACUGUAAACCACAUGGACAAGUGGUGUCUGUCUCUUUGUAAAUCAGAGAAUUCCUUGGUGAGAGGGAUACAGAGGCAUGCAUUAUAAUUACCUCUGACCUUGUACAGCACACUAGAAACUACUGGUAGCAAAUUAUUCCGUACACUCGCAAAUGAUAUACGAGAUGAAUCAUACUUUCCUUAACUACUAUACACUGGAUAACAUACCACUGGUGCACCUCACUGUAGGGUUAUCACCUUCACAAGUUUUCGUAUGCACUGCACUGCACCAGAGGUAGAGAAGUUACUGCACAGUCAAAAAUGCACCCAUCACGGCACACCAAAUCACUGCAGGUCGAAGCGAUCCAUCCCUCAAUGUAAUUUACAACUGCUAAGUCUAUUUUAUUUCGAUGCUUCUUAACGACCAAACGUCCUGUUGCACUUUUUGAGGACGAGACGAUUUUUCUGAGUCAGCUCCUAUAUAAUGGACAAAAGUUGUUUCUUUGAGUCCACCCGCAAAGUUAUUGGUAUCAUCCUUACUCAAACUUCAUACGACUAAUGAAACAUUGGUAGAUAUUGUAGUUUCUGCCAGUGGUAUUUAAUAAAACUUUAAUAUGCGGUAGUUCUAGCUAGUCUAAUAUAUGGUGUUAUGAUGCCUUUUCUCUUUUUAUCAGAUAGAUAAUGGAGGUGUUUUCUUUAUAAUGAAUCAACAAUCAUUCGGUGUUGAUAUCUGUUGACGGAAUUUAUUAAACGAUUUUAUCUUCCUCAGUGACUGGGAAAGGGUCCAGCUGAUCAUACUUGAUUCAACUAGGUAUCAGUGACAUGGAAUCGCGGUGGCCAUAAUAUCAUGUAAAAUUGUUACCAUAACGAUUUUGACGUAAGGUAAAGAGAAACUGCGGUUGUUGUAUAGACCAGCGCUGGCUUUCACUAAAAACGUACAGUCCCGCUCUUGAACUGCUACAAAAAACGGCAACAUUUGAGUUAGAGACAAAUCUUUUCUCAGUAUUAGCAAAGAGGAAAAGUAUGUGUGGAUGCUCAAUUGAAAUGGCUACUCCUGGGACUUACUUUAUCUCUUGUAGUGAACAGGUAGCUUGUUCCAGUCAAGGGAUCGUUAUAUGAAGUAUUUAUUUUUAUAAUGUUAUAUACCGCCGUAAUUGAUAUGUAACUACUAGUAAUCAAAGACCGUGAGAAAAGUUCGAUUCUUGUUUCCCCAUCUGUUAUAGACCUCAACAUAGCUGAGCACUAAGAGGCCAGAAGCUUCAUGUAUCGUUUUGUAUCCAGAUUGAUUUGACACUCUGACAUCAGCAUCCAUAUUUUCUAUACUAUUCUCGACACAUUUCCUCUGUUACUGACAAAGAGAAUCUGUUCAACAAUCACAGCUUCUCGGGUUGGCUAUCAUUUCCUUUAGUCUCGUGAUCUUAGUAAAUUACCUAGCAGUAUCACUGUGAGGAGAAAUUAGAUACUUGUCUCUCUUAUGGGUAAAGGGGUUAAAAGAUUCUUUAAAACCUUUAUCGUAACUUCUUUGUUGAUAGCCACUUAAUAAACUUGAACUGUUACUGUAUAGCUAGUCGUUU